CUAUCGUUUGCCCCAAAAGCUUCCAGAAAAAUAUCUUCAACGUAUAUAAGUUCAUGUUUUGGUGCACAUUUUUCCUCCAAAGUGUAUACGAAAAAUUUUACCAUUGCUUUUGUUAAAUUUAAAAAUUACGUUCUUUAACAACAAAAACCAAUACAUACAAACUAUUAUUUGUUAACUUCGUUGCCAAAAUUAGCAUAUUCAACAAAUAUUUACUAAAAAUAACAUCAGUUUGGGUGACAAACAUUUUGGAUUGGCAGACACUCACGACUAUGACCGCCACAAAAAGGUCGCCGAAAACAAAAAGCCCAUCCAAGGUUCUAGCCAGCAAAAAAGCAGCUAAUGAACAAGAAAUGGCGAAUAAUGAAACAAUUAGCUACCAGUACGACGGUGAUGAUGAAAAAAAGCAACGCGACACUCCAAAUCCAGAAGGAAAGUGUAAACUCCACGACAUCUUCCAUUCUUGUACUGGCUACAAGUUAGACACAUUCACAUCGUAUACAAACUUCACCAACUGGUUACAUCGGCCAGUCGAUGCCUCAGCGCUUGGAGUUUUUCGUAUGCUCUACGGUUUGGCAAUGUGCAUCGAUAUCGCGGAGGAGCGUGGAGGCAGUCAAAUGGAUACACGCUUCGGCGAGCCACAGCACUGUCACUUUCCGCUUUUCGACGGCAUUAAAGCAUACCCACUGCCGGUGAUGGGUUGCAUUUAUCUGCUCAUGUGGCUUGGCGCCCUCGGCAUUAUGCUGGGCUAUCGUUAUCGCCUUAGCUGUCUGGCGUAUAUUGUGCCCUAUUGGUAUAUAUUUUUACUCGAUAAGCCGGCGUGGAACAACCAUAGUUAUUUAUUCGGUUUGAUUGGGACAAUAUUGCUCUUUACUGGAGCCAAUCGAUACUGCUCCUUGGACAAGUAUCUGCAGCCGAAUAUGCCGGACACUGUGCCCUAUUGGAAUUACUUUCUCAUCAAGUUCCAAUUUUUCGUGCUCUAUAUGUACGCCGGACUGAAGAAGUUGACUGCGGAAUGGCUUUCGGGUUAUGCGAUGUCAAGCCUUAGUGAACAUUGGGUCUUUACACCAUUUCGCUCAUUGUUGUCGUCCGAUUUGACAGAUCUACUGAUUGUGCAUUGGUUUACGGCGAUCUUCGACUUUUCUAUUGCCUUCUUUAUGACCUGGGAAGCAACCAGAUUACUGGCCACACCCUUUAUGCUCAGCUUUCACUUAAUGAACUCGCGUCUCUUUGUUAUAGGCAUGUUCCCUUGGGUAUGUCUGGCGGAAGUGCCGCUCUUCUUUGGCUUCAGUUGGCCGCGAAAAAUAAGUCUCAAGUGUUUAAUGCAAUUUGUCAGCUCCCCAACCAUUUGUAAAGCUAAAAAUAAGCAGCAGCAAUCACAAAACUCUGUAGAACCGAAAGAAGCUACAGAAAUUAAUGCCGCUUCAGGAGCUGUGGCUGCCAGUACCCAAUCCACAACCAGCAACAGUGACGAUCAGAUUGAAAAAACAGCAACAAUAAAUUUCGCUACUAAAGUGCGUACAGCGCUCGUCUUGUUCUACUGCGCUCUGCAACUAUUUCUACCCUAUUCCCAUUUCAUCACGAAAGGCUAUAAUAAUUGGACCGAAGGCCUCUAUGGCUAUUCCUGGAACAUGAUGGUGCACACGUACGACACGGUGCUAACCUCGGUGAAACUUGUCGAUAAUUCUAACGGUGAAGUACACUACUUGGAUCCAUAUGCCUUCACAGAGUACGAUCGUUGGACCAAACAUGCCGAUAUGGCCUAUCAGUAUGCCAAGUGUAUUGAGGCGAAUAUACGCGACGACUAUGCGCGCAAUCCACAAGCGAGUCCACUGAGUUCGACGAAUAUUUCAAUAUAUUUUGAUAUUUGGUGUUCAAUGAAUGGACGCUUUCAACAGCGCGUCUAUGAUCCGCGUGUCGACCUCUUAAAAGCCGAGUGGUCACCAUUCAAGCACACCAGUUGGUCAUUGCCACUGUUGAAUGAACUGAAUUAUAUGCGCCCGAAAUUGAAGACGAUGACCGAUGACGUAAUGGCUUGGAGUAAUUACUCGGAUGUCAUAUUUGUUGCCGACUUUCCGGGUCUAACAUUGGAUAACUAUAUUUCGACUGACUUGACAAAUGUGACACUAACUAUUUUGGCUGGUAAUGUGCGCUAUAAGAGUGACGAUGAGGAUGAGGCUUACUUUCUGACGGCGGGCAAAAGUUUUGGGCUGCAAAGUGGUGAGACGCAUCAUAUUACAACGAUCGGAUUAAAGCCAUCUUCAUAUCUCUAUACAUUUAUGACGUUGUCAUCAAUGUAAGCAAGCGACUAUUGCCAUCAGAUUGAAUCAUAAGUAAAAGGGUGUUAGUUGGGUGCGUUUCAAAGGAGCCUAAACCUAUGCCUACAUAUGUAACAUUAGAGAAAUUGAACUCUUCAAAUAAACCAGAGAUACUGAAGACGUUGGUGGUCCAAAUGGCCUCAAACGAGUGUAUUGUGUAAGGUCUCACCACGUUAUCAGUGUAUUUUAUGAUUUUUGACUAGAUGCUUCAGGGGUGCGAUUCCCCAAUAUGCAGUGUCAUUUUCUUCCAUUACAGUUGAGCCAAUGCGUUCCUUACUGGUUUCAACUCAACACAGUUGAAUUGAAGGCGAAGAAAUCCAACUACAGACCAACGCAACUCUUAUGCUUUGGUAUUACGAACUUCAACUAUUUUCGGUCGAAGUGUAAUCGGCGUUGCCAAUCUAAAAAAUAAAGAUCUGCCAGAUAAUUAAAGAGCUAAAAAAUUUUAAAUGAAAAAUAAAAACAAAUACAAAUAAGUUAUUGCUGGUGAAAGAAUUAAAAAAGAGAAUCUUGUGUGUGAAAUACUUCUCAUAAUCAUUCAAGGUAAAUCCGAUAAGAACGAAUAC